AUGAGCUUGUUAGCUUUUGCAGUAAGCAAGGGGCAAGACGAUGACUUUACACAACGAGUAUCGGAAUAUCUCGAACCUCUGAUAAAGAAGAGAGUCACCCACAGUUCGGUCAACUCACAACUCGCCCGACUAGCUGACAGACUCGAGACCUCGCCGGAUCGGUUAAGGCGAGGCGAGAUCAACAACACUAACGUGCUUAACUUGAAGAGCGAAGAGCAGAGGCUUCUUGCAGACGAGCUCGAGAAGCUCCUCCACCCACAGAUACCCGCUCUAGUCCCCCAGAUACCUAUGGAGCAGCUGGAGGGUCCUCAGAACGCUGGAUCUGAUGAGAUCAUGGCUGACAGUCCGGACGCCAUCGUAUUACGAGAUGCGGAGAAAGUCGCCCUUCAGUGUGAGAUCGAGAGGCUUCGAGAAGAGAAGCACAUCCUCGAGCUGAAUUCUACACGGGAACGGAAGCGAAACGAGGAACUCCGAGAGCGACUGUCCGGGCUGAGCAACUAUAUUGAGAGGCUCGAACUAGAAUCUGUGGCCGCAAAAAGGGAUAUGAAAAACAUGGAGCGGUUAUACGAGCUUAAGCACCGACGUUCCAGCAUCGCCUGCGGACAAGGCCCGGAGGACCGAGUCGUAGAGGGCAUCCAAACGGAACCGUGCACUCGGGACGCUCGUCGUGUCAGGACACUAUACGAUAACCUUCUCUCUUAUAUGUAUCUCUCGAGAGACGGAACUGAUAUUCUCGCGACCAUCAGUCCGCAUCAGGUGAACACAGAAUGGAGUUUGUGUCAAGCCAGACUGAGAUCACUUUCUUCCGGAGAUCUCUGGGGCCGCGGCUACGGUCUCGACUUGGACAAGAUCCCGUCGGGGUUCUUCUCGUUCUUGGGGAAGUUAUACGGAAGGACGGAGAAGGUCUCGAUACACGAACCCGCAUUGUGUCUUGGCCUUAUCGAGAACCCGAACAAACGAAACGUCCUCAAAGCAUAUGCCAUGGACAAUCUUUGCGAACGGGUCUUCCAACGGACCGACUUCCACGACUUUGACAAGACGAAGUGUCGUAUGCUCGAGAGUUAUCGCCAUCUUAUAGCGGCGGCCACGGGCGGAUUCGAGGCCCUACAAGUGUUGGAUGCCGGAGCAACGAAAGCCCUUCUCUCGGAAAAAGGCGGUUAUCUACACGGCAAGAUUGUCGAAGAGGAGGCGAACAAGAUAGCGGAGAAGGUCAAUACAGACCUGGCACCUUUCUUCGUAGACGGGCUGUCCACCGGGAUAGUUUCGGCAAGACAGGCCACGCUUCGCGAGUGCGCGAGCAUUCUUCUGAGGCUCAAGUUCGAGCUCCUCAUGGCCAACAAGGGUUACGAGAUCCACUUCGUCGAGGCAGGUGUGCAGUUCGAUCCAGGAACAAUGGUCGCGAUUGAGUAUGACGGAGCCGCCGUAGAGGGGCGCCUAGAGGGCAAAGUAAAGUUCUGUAUCUAUCCAGCAUUGGUACAGUACGACUCGAGCGCUGCCGCGACCGCGACAUUGGAAGACUUCUCCGCUGUAUUGCUUUGCCAAAAGUCGUUCUAUCCCAGCAAUGCGAUGCGGCAAAACAGGGAGGUUAUAGCUAGAGCCAUAGUCUUGCUGGAGUAG